CGCGGCGUAAAGGGUUAAAGUAAAAGUUUGACAAUAAAGUGCCUCCACUGCUGUUGGCAGCCUACUGUUUAUUGCAACAGAAAUACUAUAUUAUUGGUAAAGGUGUUACAUUUACUUGAUACGCUGUAGUAAUGAAUCAAGGAGGUUGUCGUCUAAAUGGCGGUGGCGGGGGCGACAGUCGAUCGGGACCUCAACGCGGCGUGAUCACGGUGGAAGACCUCGAUUCUUUCUCUGAGGACCAGCUCCCGGACAGCUCCGAGGAGAACGACGCCAUGGAAGAAGAAGAAGAGGAGAGGCUGUUGCAUUACUGGCAGGACAUAGGACGAGUACAUCAAGUGAACGUGCCCCGGGACAUGGCAGCACCGAUCCAGCAGCUGACCACAAACAUCGAGAACACACAGGACCGCGAGAAGGUGCCCUUCACCCUCAUCACCCGCAAGGAGAAGUGUGGGGAAAUGCUGUACGAGAAGCGUCACUAUGAGAAAGCCAACUGGGCGUGUGUCGUGGUCCAGGAGCCAACAUAUGAGCAGAGCAUCUGCCUAGGAUUCAUGAAGCUCAUGAGAUAUAUCUGCCAACAGAACUCCUCAGGAGAGUACCUGGGGAUGACCAUCCCCAUAGUGACGGUGGUGCGUGUGGAUGACUCCCGCUCAGUCCUGUCCAGAGAGGUGACGGUGGCCUACUACCUGCCCCGGCAGCACCAGGCCCAGCCGCCACGCCCGCUGGACCUAAGUGUCGUUAUGCAGGAGUGGCCCGCCACCAUCAUCUACAGCAGGCCUUUCAGGGGGGUAACAAACGAGCUCUCCAUCUUAACCCAGUUCCGCACGCUGGCGGAGGUGCUGGAGUCCCCGGCUGUUCACCUGCGUGGCUCCUUCAUCGUAGCGGGCUACAGCAGCCCCGCUGCCGCCAACCGCUGCAACGAGAUCUGGUUAAUGGAGCAACCCUGAGAGCCACGCCCCCAAACUGCGUGUUACCAUGUCUCCUCCCUAUAGUAAUCCAUCUAGGCCUACUUCAUAGCAAUAGCCCUUCCACUUGGCUCUGGUCAGUUAACCUGAGCACAUGUUACAGUUACACACUUACAGUCAAACUGCAGAGCACCUCUUUACUCUCAUUGUUAAGUAUUCUGGACCAUUUUGAGGAGAAGAGGAAGGGAAGACAGUAUGUGUUCACUUUUGAAAGCCGGUCAGUUGUGAUUCUUGUUUUUUUGUUUUUAUUUAUUAUUGUUACGAUUGUUAUUUCUUGUUCUUGUAAGCCUGUUUCAGUGAUUCACAGAAUUGGAAUCCUAUCCUGCUGGUUCAUGCAUGACCUGGACCGUGCAAGUUUGUAAUACGACGCAGAAGUCAUAUUUUAUCAUCCCGCACAGUACAAAAUGCUGCAGGAAUUCACUUA